AUGCCCCGCGCACCAAAGUCCACGCGAAACACCCCCGGUCUCCCCUCCACGACUUUCGUCCUCGACAACGGCGGAUACAGCAUCAAGGCUGGCUUCGCACCCUCCGAUCCCGUGCCAGACACACAGGCGCUGUCACGAUGUCAUACCGUCCCCAACUCCAUCGUCCGCAGCCGUGACCGAAAAGUCUACGUCGGUUCGCAGUCGGAGGAAAUUACACAGUGGAGCGAGGCCUUGUUUCGCCGACCUGUCGAAAAUGGUCAGGUCGUGAGUUGGGAGGCGCAGAAAGAGAUAUGGGAUCAAUCUUUCUUCGAUGAACGGACUGCUAAGAAGGACCUGCUCAUUAAGAGCCCCGAGGAGACGACCCUGAUCUUUACAGAGCCACCCAAUACUAUGCCGGCUUUUCAGAAGAAUGCGGACGAGAUUAUCAUGGAAGAGUGGGGUCUCGGAGGCUAUUCCAGGGUUAUCGGCCCGUCUCUUAAUGCCUACAACGAUCUUCAUCCACUCUUUGAAGGCGCAUCUUACACGAAGUCGGACAACGAUCCUAUGGCAGACCUGCCGAUGGAAUGCGUUCUGGUGAUCGACAGCGGCUACAGCCAUACCACCAUUACUCCGCUGUUCAACGGUCGGCCACUACACCGAGCAGUCCGUCGACUAGAUUUUGGAGGCAAGCAUCUCACGAACCUGUUGAAAGAAGUCAUCUCGGUUCGGCACUUCGAUUUGCAUCAAGACACCAAGAUCGUCAAUGACAUCAAGGAAGAUACUCAGGAUGCUAUGGACACCGAAGAAGCUGCCUCACCAGAAGAUGAGGAGAUCCGCGUCGACUACAUACUCCCUGAUGGCAUCCGCCUUCUUCGGGGGUUCAGCCGUCCUCACGAUCCCACCCCGGCCGCCGCACACAAGCGCAAACAAGCCGCCCUCUCCUCCGAACCCGAUGCAGAAAUCUCAAUGACGUUGGGGAAUGAACGCUUCUCUAUCCCAGAAAUCAUCUUCUCGCCUGGCGACAUUGGCUCGAAACAGCCUGGGUUGCCGGAUAUUGUUAUGCAAUCACUCAGUGUGCUCCCGCCGCUUUUGCAGGCCACCAUGCUCAGCAACGUGCUCCUCGUCGGCGGGAAUGCGCAAAUUCCUGGCUUUGUGGAGAGAGUCGAAGCCGAGCUCCGCAUGAGGGUGAAGAGUGAAUGGAUGGUUCGGGUUCGUAAGAUGGCUGAUCCCAUCACGUCAACCUGGCUGGGCGGCGCGAGGCUGGCGAGUGGGUUUCCCAGGAUUGUCAGGGAGUAUGGUGUGACGAGGGAAGAGUAUCUCGAACACGGAAGUGCAUGGGUAGCCAGGCGGUUUGUGGGUGGCGGCAGUGGAAAAGGGCCUUGA